AUGCCCUAUCGUUCAAUAACAAGCAAAGAUGUGGCAUCAUUACCACAGCCUGGUUUUAAUUUAGCUGAAUCAAUAAAAUUUAGUCCCGAUGAUACUCUUUUAACUUAUCUUCGUUCACCAAAUCAAACAUUAACAAGACAACUUUAUGCAUAUAAUCUUCAGACAGAAAAAGAAUUUGUUUAUGCUGAACCUGACAUUGGCCAUGGAAAAACAGAAGAAAAUCUUUCAAUGGAAGAAAAAUUACGACGUGAACGUCAACGUCAAUUAAUCACUGGUAUAACUCGUUAUCAAUGGUCUAAAAAUAGAGCUCGACCAUUAAUGCUUAUACCUAUUGGUAGUGAUUUAUAUGUUCAUGAUGAUAAAGAACUUCGUCUCUUGGUUAAUGGAUCUAAUCAACCACCAAUUAUUGAUCCAAGACUUUCACCUGAUGGUUCAUUUGUUGCAUAUGUUCAAGAUUCUGAACUUUAUUGUGUAUCAACAAUAGAAACAUCUCCACAACCACGUCAAUUAACAUUUGAUGCACGUGAUCAACCAAAUAAAACUAAUGGCCUUGCUGAAUUUAUUGCUCAAGAAGAAAUGGAUCGUAGUGAAGGUUUUUGGUGGUCAGAUGAUUCACGUUUUAUUGCAUUCACUCAAGUUGAUGAAUCGAAUGUACCAAUAUUUCGUAUCUCACAUUCUGGUUCUGAUGAUCCUGAUCAAAGUGAAGAACAUCGAUAUCCAUUUGCUGGUAAAACAAAUGUAAAAGUUACUAUUGGUAUUAUUGAUCUAAUAAAUAAUAAUAAAACAAUACCUAAUAUUCAUUGGAUUGAUUUAAGUUCAUUUUAUGAUUAUUAUAUUGCACGUGUACAUUUUUUUCCUAAUAAUAGUCUUGCUUUACAAAUUGAAAAUCGUCAACAAACAAAAUUACAAUUAUAUCAAUAUGAUUUUUUAAAUAAAAAACAAUUAAAAUUAUUAAUUGAAGAAAUAAGUCAAUCAUGGAUUAAUUUACAUGAUUUAUUUCAUACAUUAAAAAAAUUACCAACACAAUUUAUAUGGGCUAGUGAACGAACUGGUUAUAUGCAUUUAGAAUUAUAUGAUUUAAAUACUGGAAAAUUAAUUAAAUCAUUAACAAAUGGUGAAUGGGUUGUACAACGUAUAAUUGAUAUUGAUGAAGAAAAUUCAAUUAUUUAUUUUCUUGCUAAUCGUGAAACACCAUUAGAAGUACAUCUUUAUAGUGUUAAUUAUAAUGAUGAUAUAUCAAAAAUAGAUCGUAUAACACAAGAGCCUGGUUGUCAUGUUAUUUAUUGUUUUAAUCGAACAUAUGAAUAUUGUAUAACACAAUGGAAUUCAAUUGAUCAAUAUCCAAUUAUAAGAAUGUUAGAUAUUAAAAAGAAAAAAAUUAUUAAAACAUUAGAUUAUUUACAACAAGGACAAAUACAAAUAAUAGAACAAUUUCAUCUUAUUAAACCUCAAUUAAUAAAAAUACAAAAUAGAAAUAAUGAUACACUUUAUUGUGCAGUUUAUAAACCCGAUGAUGAACAAGGAAAAUAUCAAAGACCAUAUCCAACACUUGUAUCAGUUUAUGGUGGACCACAUCUUCAACGUGUGGUAGAUUCUUGGUCCCUUCGUGCAGAUAUGCGUUGUCAACGUUUAGUUGAAUCUGGUUAUGUCGUAUUACGUUUAGAUAAUCGUGGUAGUCCAAAUCGAGGUUUAGCUUUUGAAAGUGUUAUUAAAUAUGAUAUGGGACAUUUAGAACUUGAAGAUCAAGUUGAUGGUAUAAAUUAUCUUAUAAAACAAGGGAUUACAGAUAAAGCACGUGUUGGUAUGUAUGGUUGGUCUUAUGGUGGUUAUAUGUCUGCUAUGGCAUUAGUUCGUCAAAGUGAAGUUUUUAAAUUAGGAAUUGCUGGUGCACCAGUUACACAUUGGGAUGGAUAUGAUACUCAUUAUACAGAAAGAUAUAUGGGUACACCAGAAGAUAAUCCUCAUGGAUAUAUUGUAUCAAGUGUAAUGCAUCAUAUAAAUAAUUUAACAGGUCAUUUAAUGAUAAUACAUGGUUUAAUUGAUGAAAAUGUUCAUUUUCGUCAUUCAGCUCGUCUUAUAAAUGCAAUUAUACGAGCAAGUAAAUCUUAUGAACUUAUUCUUUUUCCUGAUGAACGACAUAUGCCAAGAAAACUUGAUGAAAGAAUUUAUAUGGAAGAUCGAAUGUUUGAAUUUAUUAGAAAAAACUUAUAG